ACAAAACAAUCUUUGCUGGUGCUACCGAUCUAUUUCGCAAAGAAGCUGUUUCGUCUGCCGUACAGUAUUAACCUCGCCCGGCCGAAAAUGGACGAAGAGUACGGGGUGACGGAUUCGCCAAGGAAGGGACCCACGCUUUCAACCUCGACGUCCAGUUUCGAACCGUUCGAUGCGCACGAUCCGAACCUGUCGCGGUUGGCCACGAAAAUGUUCCAGAAAACGGGCGAAUACAUUUCCCAUGAGUUGGCCUCGACCGUGGAUGAUUACAAGCUGAUCGAGAACAUGAAUCGGGCCAUGAUGGGAAAGGUGGCCGAUAUGCGCCAGAUGUCGCAAUCGAUCGCAACAAAAAACGCUGAGCUGAAUCAAAAGUACGAGGAAUUGAAACCACUACUGCAACGAAUUGACGACAUUGAAUCCACGGUUGACAAGCUGGAAGCGGCCGCGUACCAGCUCGAUUCGUACAGCAUUCGAUUGGAGGACAAGUUCAAAUCACUCAAAACCAAGCAGCAGCAGUAGGAAGUUAGGAAGUAGUUUUAUUUAUUCACCCAAAAUACACGUCAGGCCAUUAUCCAAGCAGUAAUUUAAACACUAU